GUUAUGUUUCUCUCCACUUUUUUUUUUUGUAAAUGUUUCUUAAUUUUUCACUUUCAAACCUUCUAUUAAACACCCAAAGAUCCUAAAAGAGAGAGACGUUUAACGGGUAUAUAGAUCAUAUCACAUUAAACUCGGAGUGAAAUUAGUAAAUACGAAAAACUUCAUAGCUAUUUCCGUAAUUAUUUGAAAUCUACUAGUAGUCACUGAGAAACUGGUAAGCGAACCAAAACCACUCACGUGUGAGAGAAAAAAAAAUAAACCAAACCGAACCGAACCAAUGAAUCGUCUCUUCAUCAAAUCGCUCUGCACUUCCUCCGCCGCCGCCGCCAACCUAAAACCCCCACCGCCCGAUCCCGCCGCCAUCUCCAACCUCAUCCUCUCUUCCCCCAUCCAAUCCCCACUCCCCUCAAACACCCCAUGGACACCACACCUCGUGAACUCAAUCCUAAAACGCCUCUGGAACCACGGCCCGAAGGCCCUCCACUUCUUCCACCUCCUCGACCGCCGCCACCGCAACUACAUCCACUCCCCCUCCUCCUUCAACCUCGCGAUCGACAUCGCCGCCCGCCUCCACCUCCACACCACCGUCUGGUCCCUGAUCCGCCGCAUGCGCUCCCUCCGCAUCGGCCCCUCCCCGAAAACCUUCGCGAUCGUCGCCGAGAGGUUUGCCUCCUCCGGGAAGCCCGAUAAAGCCGUGAACCUCUUCCUCAACAUGCACGAGCACGGCUGCUCUCAAGAUCUCGCUUCCUUCAACACGAUCCUCGAUGUCCUCUGCAAAUCCAAACGCGUGGAGAAAGCUUACGAGCUCUUUAAGGAUCUUAGAGGAAGGUUUAGUGCUGACGUGGUGACUUACAAUGUGAUUGUGAACGGUUGGUGUUUGAUCAAACGAACCCCAAAGGCUUUGGAGGUUUUAAAAGAGAUGGUUGAGAGAGGGAUUAGCCCUAACCUCACCACUUACAACACAAUGCUCAAAGGCUUUUUUAGGUCAGGGCAGGUGAGGCAGGGAUGGGAGUUUUUCUUGGAGAUGAAGAAACGUAAUUGUGGAGUCGAUGUUGUGACCUAUACUACGGCUGUUCACGGGCUCGGCGUCUCUGGGGAGGUGAAGAGAGCUAAGAAAGUCUUCGACGAGAUGCUUAGAGAAGGAGUGCUACCUUCUGUAGCCACGUACAAUGCGUUGAUCCAGGUCAUGUGUAAGAAAGAUAGCGUGGAGAACGCGGUUUUGGUGUUUGAGGAGAUGUUGAGGAAAGGUUAUGAACCGAAUGUGACGACUUACAAUGUGCUGAUAAGAGGGUUGUUUCACGCCGGGGAGUUCACUCGAGGAGAGGAGAUGAUGCGGAGGAUGGAGGAGGAAGGUGGGUGUGAGGCGAGCUUCCAGACGUAUAAUAUGAUGAUACGAUACUAUUCGGAGUGCGGCGAGGUUGAGAAAGCGUUGGGGCUGUUUGAGAGGAUGGGGAGUGGAGGUUGCUUGCCGAAUUUGGAUACUUAUAAUAUACUGAUAAGUGGGAUGUUUGUGAGGAAGAGAUCGGAGGAUAUGGUGGUGGCUGGUAAGCUGUUGGUUGAGAUGGUUGAGAGAGGGUUUGUACCGAGGAGGUUUACUUUUAAUCGGGUUCUGAAUGGGCUUCUUUUGACUGGGAAUCAAGGUUUCGCGAAGGAGAUCUUGAGGUCGCAGAGUAAAUCUGGUAGCCGGCUUACUAGGAAGUUCAGGCUUUGAUUAGGGAAGACAUUGUUCAGAGAGCUUCGUGGGAUAGAGCUAAGACCAAAUACACAAUUGCUUUAUUAUCAUGAGCCAAAAAUUCAGUGCGUUUUACUGAAUAUAGAUGAUGGAAUCUAAUACAAAGUUGGCAAUUUUGAUGUAAAUAAAUGAUUCAUUUGAGUUACUUCCCCAAUACUUGUUCCUGUGAUUCUAUAGUCCACAGGGACAUGGUAUGGAUCCACAAGGGUUGGUUCGUUUCUUCAGUUACAAGAUGAUCUCGUCUUGAACACUGACGUUGAGUGUCUUGUUUGGAAGAACGAUACUGCUGAUCACCACAACCUCGUCUUCAACUGCAACCGAGUCUCCUGAAACCAUUAUGUUUCAGGUUAGUUUUCUGUCUAAAGAGAGAUUUUACUGUCUUUCUGUGAAGAGAAGGUUAGGAUAAAAACAGUUUACCGAGAAUUGUGACUCCGAGUUUGGAGUUGUAGACUCCCUCAGCCUGUGAUCGACAAAGUAUAGAGCCAGGUUCAUGAUUGUUUAAGGAAACCAAACAGAAACAUUUAAAGGUCAGGCUCUUAAGAGAGGAACAUGCCUGGACACGUGACCAUCUCCCGAUAGAAGAUUUCCACCCAACAAUUGCGUUAGUCACAACUGCAUUUUCCUUGAGCAAACAGACACUAAAGAGUCAAUCAAGAGAAACUUUACUAGUUCUUCUUUAGACUCUGAUGUAAGAAGACAUACCAUGAUCUCAACGUCAUCAAGGAUGAUACAGCUGAUAAGCCUGACACCCGGUCCAACACGAGCAUUUGCAGAGAUUGAGACGUUGGGACCAAUCUGGUAAUAGCCGAAACAUAAUAAGAAGUUGCUUCAACAAGGGACAGAACCAGAGGGUUACUUACCUUGGCAGUUGGGUGUACUUUUGCAGAAGGAUGUAUGAAAACAUCACCAAUCACUAUGGCACUCUUUGUUCCAUCACCACUAGCCAGCACUUGUGGUGAGGUCAACCUGAAUUGAGAAAGAUAGAGUUCCGAGCACCUCAGCGACAUUCUGCGCAAAAGUCAACUCACAAGUCAGAGACAUAGAGAUUCCCUGUUUCAGCUGCUGUCUCUCCAUGCAAGAUUAAAAGAAAUGAAUGAAAACACAAAAGGCAUACCCAGGAGAUUUAAUUUGCUCCCAGAAAUCCUUAGUCUCGUAAGUAUAUAGCUGUUUCUUCCCAGCUAGAGGUGAAAGGAUGUCUUGAUCCAGUCUUACAAAAUCCGUGGAGUUCCUAUUCGAAACAUAUAAUUUCAAGAAUAUGAUUCAGAAGGCUAUCUCAGUUAAUGUCGGAAGAGACACUGGACAAACCUUGUUGCCGGUUGAAGAGCUUCAACGCUGGAAACACGUCUCAGAGUUGCUACAACAAAGCGCAGAGGAUAUACAUGAGAGGGACUUUGAAGAUGCAGUAAACUAAGAAGAGAAAACACACACUUUGUUGUAAGAUCUUUGUUACCACUGUUACCUGUAUCUUUCGUUUGAGAAGAAACUUCUCUUAUGGCAGUAAAAAUGUCAGGUGUAAAUACAUAAACACCGCAGUUAAUACGGUCACUGACCUGUGUUUCCAUGAUUAAAAGAAAACAUUAGAAUCAAAACUUGUAUAUGCUGAAGAGUUUUGAGUUA